AUGGACGAUGACGUUCGUACAAAAGUCUUGCAUUUUCACAACGGACUCCGCUAUGCACUUGUUCAAGGAACAUCACCUGGCUAUGAAGGCAAAGACCUUCCACCUGCGAAAAGUCUGUACAAAAUGAGAUGGAGCUGUGCCCUCGAAGAAAAAGCGCUGAAGUUGACCAAAAACUGUUCUCAUUCCGUGAGCGAGUCGCUGGAUAAUGGGCAAAUGUUCACUAUACCAACGAUGGAGAGUACAUUUCCAAAGAAGGUAAAAAUGCUGUCAUUCAUGAUGCGAUGUAUCGGUGGACCUUGCCAGCCCAGUAUUACUUCAUGA